AUGUCGUUUCUUUUCAACUUUGUGGGGAAGAAGAUCCUCGCCGAGUCCGCCAGAAACCACUUCGGACAAGAGGAUCCAUAUUUUGAAGAGGUCCCUGCAUCGCGCUUAGGCCGUACCUUUGGCAAGAAGACACAGAAACGACGCAAAGCCAUCCCACCUGGCCUCUCCGAGAAUGAUAGCAAAGUCCUCACACGAGUCAAACGACGAGCGUACAGACUGGACCUUGCUCUUUUCAGCCUCUGUGGCUUGAGGUUUGGAUGGGGGAGUGUGAUUGGCUUAAUCCCUUUUGUCGGAGAUGCGGCCGAUGCUGCGCUGGCAAUGAUGGUACUGAAGACCUGCGAAGGCAUCGACGGAGGACUCCCGGCUCGGCUUCGAACGCAGAUGAUGAUCAACAUAAUAAUUGACUUUCUCAUCGGUUUGGUCCCUUUCGUGGGAGACAUAGCGGAUGCUGCGUACAAAUGCAAUACACGCAAUGCCAUUGCUCUUGAGAAAUACCUACGGGAGAAGGGCGCCCGCAAUAUCUCACGGCAAGAACAAACCAAUACCGAUCCAAGCCUGCCAGAUGAGUUCGAUCGAUAUGAAUCAGAGGCGCAUGCCACACAUGGGAAGAAGCCACAAAGGUCAAAAUCUCGAAAAGGCCAGCACGGUAGGUCAGCGCGCCGAGAAGAUGAUUUGGAGACUGGAAUCGUUGAAAAUCCCCCUGUCCGCAGGUAG